CAAAUCAUCAAAUAAUAAUGAAACAAUAAUAAAAUAUACAACUUAAGUUUAUAUACUGUGAUUAUUUUAACAAGUUACACCAGUUAAAAGACUUUAAAACCGUAGUGGAGAUAGAAAAGCCUCGAAAAUGCUAUCUGUGUACAUGUAAAGUGUUUUACGAUUGAUAUUUUUUGUUUGUCCGCUUGUGUGUCGGUAAUAGCUGUAUACGAACCAAGAAAUGGGUUUAUAAUUGGGCUAAAUCAAAGGCCGUGAUGGUUCGUUUAAGAAGAGGAUAGCAACAAUAAGAUGUCACAAAGAGAUUUCUCUGAGGUGGAGCCGACCGGCUCGGCAUCUUUGGGAGCAGCCUCCCGGGCCCUCUUUGUUGAGAAAGUGAGGGCGUCCAACGCUGCAUGUCAGUCCGGAGACUUCGUGACUGCUGUCGCUCUCUACACAGAUGCACUCACAUUAGAUCCCGCCAACCAUAUACUAUACAGCAAUAGAUCAGCAGCGAGGCUAAAACAGGGACAGUUCGCAGCCGCGUUACAGGAUGCAACACGUGCGAAAGAGCUGUGUCCUAAUUGGCCAAAGGCCUAUUACAGGCAAGGUGUUGCUCUUCAAUGUCUUGGGCGACACGGCGAAGCGCUGGCGGCAUUCAGCUCUGGACUGGGAGUGGAACCAUCUUCAAGACAGCUACUCGCAGCACUCGUUGAGGCCUCACUUAAGUCGCCACUUCGAACGACCCUCGAACCUACCUUCAGACAACUUGAAGCUAUGAAAUUGGAUCAGUCGCCAUUUGUACUUAUAUCAGUAGUGGGACAAGAGUUGCUCGCAGCAGGCCAGUACCAAGCGGCUGUGACGGUUCUUGAAGCGGCACUCAGGAUUGGAUCCUGUUCGCUCAAAUUACGGGGAUCAGUGUUCAGCGCGCUAUCAUCAGCACACUGGGCGCUGAGUCAGCUCGACGCUGCUAUAAACUACAUGCAACAAGACUUAGCAGUGGCCAAGUCAUUGGGUGACACAGCCGGAGAAUGCCGCGCCCACGGGAACCUUGGUGCGGCGUACUUCAGCCAGGGUUCUUAUAAAGAUGCCCUCACAGCUCAUCGGUAUCAACUUGUCCUCGCUAUGAAAUGCAAGGACACACAAGCAGCGGCGGCUGCUUUAACUUCAUUGGGACAUGUAUACACAGCCAUAGGCGACUACCCUAAUGCUUUAGCGAGUCAUAAGCAAUGUGUCCAACUAGUCAAACAGAUGGGCGACAGGCUACAGGAGGCUAGGGAGAUAGGAAACGUCGGAGCAGUGUAUUUGGCUAUGGGAGAAUUUGAUUCGGCUGUCGAUUGUCACACGCAACAUUUAAGACUUGCACGAAGAUUAGGAGAUCAGGUAGAAGAAGCAAGAGCAUAUUCAAACCUUGGUUCUUCAUAUCACUAUCGACGAAAUUUUUCACAAGCAAUAGCUUACCAUGAGAAUGUACUGAGGAUUGCACAAAGCUUGGGCGACAGAGCUAUCGAAGCCAGAGCUUACGCUGGACUGGGACACGCGGCCAGGUGCGGCGGUGACUACGCGCAAGCGAAGAAGUGGCACGAACGACAGCUCGAUGUUGCUUUGGCGGCGAGAGAUAAGGUGGGGGAAGGUAGAGCCUGUUCGAAUCUGGGCAUCGUGUAUCAAUUACUAGGAGAGCAUGAUGCUGCACUUAAGUUGCAUCAGGCUCAUCUUUCUAUUGCCAGGCAAUUACAGGAUAAAGCCGGCAUGGGUCGGGCUUAUGGCAAUAUUGGAAACGCAUAUUCUGCAGCGGGUUUUUACGAGCAAGCGAUAAAAUACCACAAGCAAGAGCUCACGAUAUCUAAAGAGGUGCAUGACAGAAGUUCGGAAGCCUCUACACAUGGCAACUUGGCUGUUGCCUAUCAAGCGUUGGGUGCUCAUGAUAUGGCGUUGUUCCAUUAUAGAGCGCAUCUAGGUAUCGCCCGUGAGCUAAAGGACGCGGCAGGCGAAGCGUGUGCCUUACUGAACCUGGGCAACUGUUUAUCUUCACGUGGAGAGUUUGCGCAAGCUGUACCUUACUAUGAGCAGCAUUUGAUGUUAUCACAAGAACUUGGUGACGUCACUGCGGAGGCCAAAGCGUGCCAUUUCUUAGGAUACGCUCAUUAUUGUUUGGGGAACUAUAGAGAAGCUGUUAGGUACUAUGACCAAGAUCUGUCUCUGGCAAAAGAUCUUCAAGACAAAAUGAACAUGGGUAGAGCAUAUUGUAACCUUGGACUGGCACACCUCGCAUUAGGAAAUCUAGAAACUGCAUUAGAAUGCCAGAAAUACUUCCUUGCCAUAGCACAUAUGACGCAACACUUGCAAGGCAAAUUUAGAGCUUUAGGAAAUAUAGGUGACGUCCUAAUUAAAAUGGGAGAUGUUGAAGAAGCCGUCAAAAUGUACCAGAGACAACUUGGUUUUGCUAGACAGGCCCGCGAUAGAUCUUUGGAAGCAGCCGCCUGUGGAGCCCUAGGUCUAGCUAGGAGACUACAAAGAAGACUCGAUGCUGCGUUGGGACACCACACACAGGAGCUGACUCUUAGACAAGAAGCGGGAGAUGCAGCAGGCGAGGCAAGAGCACAUUCCCAUCUCGGGGCUGUCCACAUGGCACUGGGACAUUAUUCACAUGCCGCUAGGUGUUAUAGGGAACAAUUAGAAAGGGCUCAAGAGUUACAAGACUGCGUAUUGGAAGCACAGGCGUAUGGCAAUUUAGGUAUUGCUAAACUCAACAUGGGACAUUAUGAAGAUGCCAUAGGUUAUUUAGAACAGCAACUCGCAAUUCUGGAACGUGUAAAUAGUUCUACGUGCCAACUAGAAAAAGCUCGUGCACUUGGCUCAUUGGGUGACUGCUAUGAUGCACUUGGCGACCCUGACGAAGCCGCCAAGUACCAUGAGCAACACCUUGCUGCUGCACUGAAACUUGACAACGCCAGGGAGCAAGAGAGGGCAUACCGCGGGCUUGGACUCAGUCAUAAGUCUAUCGGCAACCUUCAGCAAGCACUGGUAUGUCUUGAGAAACGACUAGUGGUGUCUCAUGAACUCGGUGUUCCGGAGGCAAAGGCGCAAGCAUACGGUGAACUGGGCGCUCUGCACAUCGCUCUCAAUAAUCUUGACCAGGCGGUCUCUUGUCUUGAGCAUCAGAAGAACAUUGCCAAGGAACUGAACAACCAGAUAAUGGAAGCAGAAGCAUGCCACUCUUUGGGAGCUGCUCAACACGCGCGUGGUGACCACGCAUCUGCCGUUCGACACCACCGAGCCGAACUCGAACUUGCACAUAGGCUUGGCCUUGCACACUUACAGGCCCGUGCAAGUGGCGGUCUAGGCGCAGCUCAUGCGUCUAUGGGCGCCCAUGCUGAGGCAGCACGAUGGCACGAGUCCAGGUUACGACACGCCACUGCUGCAGGUGACACGCGCGGACGAGCCCAGGCCCUGGCAGACCUAGGCCGCGCGCAUCUGGCGAUGGGUGCCUGCGGCAGCGCCGUCUCCUACCUAAGGCAGGCACUUGCUGCUACUGAGGGCCUUGCUGAUGCUGAUGAAGAGGCAAGAGUUCGUCAUAGACUCGGAUUUGCACUUUGGGCGUCGGGUGAACUCGAAGAGGCCAAGGAACAGCUGCAAGCAGCUCUUAAUGUCUUGGAGUCGAGUAGUGAGAAACACCGUGAUAAAAAGAUCGUAGCUCUUUAUACUUCUACACAGCAUGCACUACAGCGAGUUCUUGUUGAGCUGGGUCGUCACCCCGAGGCCCUUGUGGUAGCGGAGCGCGGACGUUGUCGCGCGUUUGAUUCCGUCACCGAGAAACAUUCUGGAGCCCUCAGUCAAGCUAAUCUAGAGCUCCAUGCUGCACAGAGAAACGCAACGGAAGAAACAAGUAAAGAACGUACAGAACCGUGGAGUCCAUCGACCGUGGAACAAGUACUGGAGGUGGUGAACAGACAGAAGGCUCCGGUACUAUACUACAGCAUAGCGGCAGGGAAACUCUACGCUUGGCUCCUUCAGCCGCAUAAAGGCAUACUGCGAUUCCACCAAGUAUCCCUACUUGAAGAAGCAGAGGAUAGCGACAACAGUUUACCAGACAUCAGUCCUGAUGACCUCGAACCAAACAAUGGUGGUUUAGGCAAGCUAGAACGAUGUAUAAGUGAAUGGUCGAACUGGCUCAAGACAGCAGCCGAACGCAGGAGUGAAGAUGACCAGUGGGACCUUGAGGAGAGGCCAUCCACUGGACUCGCGAGAAUGGUGACACGUAAUCAUUUGCUGAACUCUUCGAACUACUCGCUAAGUUCAUUGUUCAGUGUGGGCUCUGUAGGGGGCUCGGUUGCUGGAUCUGUGGCCAGCCUCCAAGGUUCCACCAGAUCCAGUGUCCACGGACCUCGCAAAAAGCAACCGUCUUGGCAGGGCCCGCCGUGUCUCACCUCAUUGUAUCAAAUGUUAAUAGCACCAUUUGAAGAUUUGCUACCGACGUCAUGCAACAAUAAUCAUGCGUCUCACGGUCGCCGCGGAUGCGGAGGACGACGGGAGCUGGUGCUCGUGAUCGAGGGUGCGCUGUACGCGUGCCCGUGGGGGGCGCUGCGCGGUGCGGGGGGCGCGGACGAGCCGCUCUGCGAGCGGUACGCGCUAUUAGCCGCACCCGCACUUCGCCACCAGCGACAUCAGCGCCACCUGCGCGGCCGCCCCCACCACGAACACGGCGCUGGAGGCGCGGGCGGUGGUGCGACGGAGGCGGGUAUGCGGUGCGUGGUGGUGGGCGGCGCGCGCGUGGGCGGCACGCGGUGGUUACCAGCACCCGCGCACCUCAAGGAGGCCGAGCUGGUCGCGGACAUGCUGCGCGUCACGCCGCUCACGGACUACCAGGCGUCAAAAGAAGCUGUCCUCGCACAGUUACCACAGGCUGAAUGCAUACAUUUCGCCACUCAUAUCUGCUGGAAGACGCCUGCGAUUGUCCUGAGUCCUGGUGAAGUGGUUGAUUCUCAAGCAAAACGGCUUUUGAACACGAGUGUUGGUAGCAGCGUAGUUGACACUUCAAUUGAACAUGAGGAUGAAAGUGCAGAAUUACCAGCCAGUAAUGAAGAAUUACCGCCCGCGUCAGAAUACAUGCUCACUGCGGCUGAAAUCAUGAAUUUGAAAAUUACUGCUAGACUCGUGGUGAUAUCAUGCGCCCCAUCUAGUACGUUACAAGGGUCUAAUGAUGAGGAUGAAGCGGGUGUGGGCACGGGGGCGGGGGUGUCGCAGCUGUGCCGAGCGCUGCUGGCAGCCGGCGCACACGCGGUACUGCUGACACUGUGGCCGGCGCCUCAGGACACCGCCACCAAGAUCCUCUACCGGGCGCUCUACUCCGCACUGCUGCAGGGCAGCAGACUUGCCAAAGCGCUGGGCGACGCGAUGCAGACGGUGCGGCACACGAAGCACUUCGCGCACCCGGCACACUGGUGCGGGCUGUUGCUGCUCGGCGCCAAUGUGCGUCUUAGCAACAAAGUCGCGCUCAUGGGGCAAGCGCUCUGCGAGCUGCUCGCCGCGCCAGAUAACUGCCGUGACGCCUUACGAGUAUGUCUACAUUUAGUAGAGAAGUCACUACAGAGGAUCGUGAGAGGUCAGAAGAAUGCAAUGUACACGACACUGAAAAGCAUAGAGAAUAAAGCUAACAACGCAACGGGUUGGAAAGAACUACUCAUGAGCGUUGGAUUCAGAUUCGAGCCCGCCGCCAAUGGAAUCCCUUCAAGCGUGUUUUUCCCUCAAAGUGAUCCAGAAGAAAGAUUAACACAAUGCUCUGCGAGUCUCCAAGCUUUGCUUGGAUUGACUCCUACAACAUUGCAAGCACUUUCGAAACUGAUUGCAAAUGGUGACGUAGCCGAUGACAUCAUUGGCGUCAUUCGCUCCGUCAUCUCGCAGUUUUCCGUCAAGAACACUGAUAAUGACACAAUCGAAGUCGCCGUUAACGUCAGGUUGUGGCGAGUGAACGGCUGCCACGAACUUCUAGCAUCACUUGGCUUUGACUUGGCAGAAGUUGGUCAAGAUGAGGUGACUCUGCGUACUGGAAAGUCUGCCAACAGAAGACAUAUCCAAUUUGUACUGCAAGCUUUACUGGCUCUAUUUGAUACCCAGGAAGCACCGCGUAGUCUUAGCUUAGAAUCCAGUUCAAGUAUCGAAUCGCUGGCUUCUCUCGAUGAUGGUGAUCUCGAGCCUCACUCUGAUGGAGAGCCUCCACCAAGACAGCAUAGACAAGACAGUGUAACAUCAGUACCACCCCCACCCCUUCCACUGGGGUCCUGUGGAGGUGCCUUUACGAUGUAUGUCCGAGGAUCAGCACCCACGAACGCGGAAGUCGGCCGCGGUGAACCAGAUGGCAGAACCGCUCCCCCUCCUGCGCCACAACCUCCCAGGUAUAGGGGUGAAAGUGACGCCGCAUUUACUCCGUCACCGCCCGCGGCACCGUCCACAGCUUCCGCGCCACCUCGUGAUGUUUCUCUAGCAUUAGCACACCAAACUAAAAUACGAACAUUAUACACACGACGGCCACCGUCUGAUGAUUCAGACUGGGAGAGUUCAGGCCACGACACCGUCUUACGAAGACGUCCCGAUCAUGCACACGCGAGGUAUUUAGACGCGUUCUAUGAUCUGGCAUCAAGCCAGCCUAGAAGGACAGAAGAGGAAAAGAAUGAUCAAGUUUUGAACCAGCCUUCGACAUCCAAACGUGUACCGAGACCCAAAAUGGGCACAAGUAGUCGAGAUUCGAUGGCUCAAGUGCGACACAUGAGCGGGGAACUUACUCCAACUAUAUCAGAGGUAUACCAUGAGAGGAAUAUUGGUUUAGGUUUAGCUCCUCCGCUCGCGGAGUUACUUUUAGCAGAAGAUUCAAAAACAGAAAUGAGAGCGGCCAGCUCGAGUGAGAACCUUCUUCUACAAAAUUUAGAGAAAUUGGGACUAUUAGGAGACACGAGUGAAACAGAGGAAAGGUGGUGUACUACCAACACAUCCCGACCUUGGUUGUCGGCUCCACCUCUUGAAACAGAUGUACAGGGUUCAGACCUCACGACCGCAGAAAUAAUCGAGAGACAGGCCAAAUAUAAGAAAGACAUCGAACCAAAGAGAUUAGAAGAAAAUGUAUACGAACUUAAACCUAAAGAGGAAACUCCAGGUCCGAGCGGAAUAGAGAAGUCUUCAGUUUCACCAUUCUCGGAAAUGUCCCGUAGAGACGAAGGUGAUGGUAGGAGCAUUGCUGAUUCGCACUCUUCUUAUAAGGCACUGGUAUUAAGUCCACGAGCGCCGUAUCUGCCCGAAGAGGGUGAGGCGCCACUGAACGCGACUGUAGAGGGUGGGAAGACACAUCCGCGCCCGCGUCGACCUCCAGUACCGAGGACCCGUCCUGCUUACACUACACUUGAUUUUCCACCGAAUAAAUAAAAAUAAUAUAAAUAGAUAAGAAUGAAAUGUAUGAAAGAUGUGAAUAACAGUUUUAGAACGAAUAUAAUGUCUAUGGAAAGGUAUGGAAACUAAGGCAAUUCUAGAUAGGUAUUAUGAUUGUAUAUAAAUCAGAGUUUUGAUUCAAAAGUGUAUAAUUUUGGCUAUGAUUACAUACAUACAUACAUACAUAUUCCUACAUUUUUUACAUUUGUACUUUUUAAUUGCCAGCGUACGUACUCAAUUAAUUGUAUAUGAUAUGAAUAUAAAUAUUUUAUAGUCAAUUAAUAUUACCUAGGCGUUAAAUAAUUAUUUUACGUGCUAUUUAUUUGUGAUUAUAAAAAUUUAAGAUAAUUUUUAAGUAUAUUACUUGUACAUUCAUUCAUGCUGUUUUUAUAAUUUGUAUGACUUAAUUCUUGCCAUUGUUUGUACUUUUAUAUUGA